AAAUAGAAAUUUCCAUUUUGAUCCAAUGAACCGUGCGCCACGUGUUUCGGUAGUAUUGCGCAAGGAAAGAGGGAGAACUUGGUAGGAGAGGGAGAGAGAAAUGCCAACUGUGCUCAAAUUUCAUUCGUGGCAGUGGCCGCAAAUACCGAUUAGUCGGAAGUAUUGUGCAAGUAAGCUGUGUAAACGUAUGGAGUGAGGACGUAGAGAAUUUUGAGAAAGGCUCGUUCACGCAAUCAUGGAUGAUCGCCGGAGCAGCCGCAAAGUGGUCACCAUAUUGUUCUUGUGCUUGCUUUGGUAUGGAAUCUCAAGCAGCAGUAACGUAGCGGGCAAGAUGCUUUUGUCGGAGUUUCCGUACCCAAUGACAGUGACCAUGGUCCAGUUAACCUCAAUCACAGUUUACUCAGGGCCAUUUUUUAAUUUGUGGGGCGUGAGAAAGUAUUCGAACGAUAUUUCCUGGGGAUACUACUUGCGUUUGAUCGUACCACUCGCCCUAGGCAAAUUCUUAGCGACUGUAUUCAGCCACGUCAGCAUUUGGAAAGUGCCAGUCUCAUAUGCUCAUACUGUGAAGGCUACAAUGCCCUUCUUCACGGUAUUUCUCUCAAGAAUUAUACUAAAGGAAAAGCAAACUUGGAAGGUAUAUCUUAGCCUAGUUCCAAUUGUGGUGGGUGUGGCUAUUGCUACACUCACAGAACUCAGCUUCAAUAUGAUUGGUUUAUUGAGUGCCUUAGCAUCAACCAUGGCAUUCUCUUUACAGAAUAUUUAUUCUAAAAAGGUUCUACAUGAUACAGGAAUACAUCACUUAAGGCUUCUACUCAUCUUGGGUCGCCUAGCAUUGAUAUUAUUCUCUCCUAUAUGGUUAUUGUAUGAUCUGGGAAGUUUGAUACAUAAUCCAGUUACUGGUGAAGCAGUUGAUUUAAGUUUCUAUGUAAUUGGCCUAUUAUUCUUGGAUGGCGUUCUGAAUUGGUUCCAGAACAUCAUCGCCUUUUCUGUAUUAUCUAUUAUCACCCCUUUGACAUAUGCAGUGGCUAGCGCGAGUAAACGUAUAUUCGUAAUUGCAGUAACCUUGUUUGUGCUUGGAAAUCCAGUGACAUGGUUGAAUAUAUUUGGAAUGACAUUGGCCAUUUUUGGUGUGUUGUGCUACAAUAAGGCCAAGUAUGAUCAAAGAAUAGAUAAUAGUCGGACACUGCUUCCACCGUAUUAUGAUAAGAAUCGUAAUGGUAAAAGUACUAGCUCCUUCAUGGUAAAUGGAUGGACUGAAAAGAAGGAGCACUUGUUUGAAGUCUAGUCUGAAUUGAUAGAUUUGUUUCAUGUUUGAUAAAUUUAUAUGAGUUUUGUCUGUCAGUGCAUGAUGUUUCAAUCAUAGCAAUGUGACUAUAACAACAU